ACUUGAGGUAUUUGGUUUCGUUGCUGUCUUGUUGAGCCUGGUUUGCAUUUUCAUCUGAUCGAUCACGAAUUUUCCAAAUGUCAAAUGUAAUAUAUUCAUAAGUCAAUAGUUACGGCAGUUACAAGCUAUUGCAUUGAUCACCAGAUAAUAUCAGUACAUCCAGUUAUAUCAAGUGCUGCAGUUAUCAGCGUCCUGAACUUUAAUUUGUUAGAUUUCAGGAUUUGGGUUCGGCCAAACCUGCAAACCCAAAAAUUUGAAAGUGAGGCUCUUGUAACUAACAUCUUAUAGUUGCACAUGUCAAUGAAGCGGUAAUGGAGAUUGAUGUUGUUGGAUAUCGCUCGGUGGAAGAACGCGGAAAACAGUUUUACGUAUAUAUAAUACAAACAAAUGUUGCUGGAAGAAGCUAUAAAGUCGAAAAACGGUACAGUGAUCUGCUGGCUCUUCACAAAAAACUCAAGAAACAACUCAAUACUCCAGCAUUUCCUCCCAAACAGAUUAGAAAUCACGAUUCAAAGGUACUUGAGGCACGAAGAAUUGGAUUAUCUAAUUAUUUCCAUGUUAUUGCACAAGGGAAUUUAUUUACAAAAACACUUCUAGAGUUUUUAGACGUUCAUCAUUUUCCUGCGAAUCUCGAUAUAGCUGCUGAUUCCACACUGAACAAUAAUUAUGGGGUAUUAUUCCCAACGCUUGUUACGAUGCCACACAGCCAUAAUUUGUAUUCAAAAUUUCAGUGAUGCAAAUUCAGAUGGAUUCGGUCUUGAUGACAUCGACUCACCUAGUCAUUGUGCUGUUCUGGAAUAUAGAGGAGAUCCAUUGUUCACACACCAGUAUGAAACUUCCAAUACAAUCAUCAAAGGUGUAUUUAAAGCUUUGUAUGAAUGAGCAGAUGUCAUCAGAACAUUUUCUUACUUUUUAUAUAAUUAAAGAGAAUCAUAAGAUUGAAUUAGGCUUUGGGAUAAUUUUGUGUAGGCUAUGUAUGAGUUUAUUGCAAUGGUAAAAUUUUCUCAUCAGUCAACUGGAAAUCUAUGCAUAAAGCAUUUUAUAAAUUUUUACAUUUUCUAAUUUUUUUUUUUCACUGUCAUUCAUUCCAUUAAGUGCAAUUUGAGAAAUACUGCUUUUUAGUAGCAAUCAUGAAGGAAGCUCAUGCCUUCAAGUCAUUUUACUAUGUCAUGAAAUGUUCCCUGUACUAGCAUUUUUUUAGCUUUGUUUACAAUUUAGAUUACCGAAUGAUAGCAAAAUCACCUUUUACAACUUGUGCACUAAAACAUUUCAUCUUCAAUAUUUUCUAAAUAUACGGUAUGCUGAUUUAUUGAAUUA